AUCGGAUUAGAGGAUGGUCCGCCUCGGAGAGGGUUGAUUUUUUAGAGAACGCGAUUGAGACAGGCUGCCGGCGACGAGCUCGGAUCGACGAGGACGACGACGACGACGGAGGAAGAGGAGGAGGAGGCGGAGGAGAUGCACCUCGAGGAUUAUCACGGCGAGCGGAGCGAGGAGGACAUGCGACGCCCCGUUCUGGAGCAAGACGACUUCGUCGACGACGGUUCCCUGCCCGAUCUGAUGUCCAUGGCGAUGACCGGCAUAGGCAUUGACGUCGUCCAACCGUAUUGUUGGACGACCUCGCAAAUGACGGACAACAGCGUGCUCUUCUCCCCGUUGGAAAUCGACACGGAUCCGCGAGAUUAUCUCGACUGGGACCAGGUACCCGUUGUCUUUCAAUAUCCCUCCAAUGGCGGUGGAUCGCCGGCUGGUAGCACCUGCAGCGAGGCAAUCACGCCGACUUGGAGCAACGCGGUGACAGAUAAGUCAUCAGACUGCCGGAAAUUACCAUCGAUGGGUUCGGCCUUUUCCUUCUCGCGUACCUUCAACAACACGAUUUUUUCGGAAUACGGAGCAGAGUCGCAGGGUGAUUAUCAGGAUUAUCCCGACUGCCAAGAAGACAUGGUGUCGCUGUUGAUGAGCAUUCAAAAUGAUGUUACGGUUCAGAACUACAGUCCCUCGAUCGCCGACGAGUUUGAUCUUAGUUUGAUCAGAGGUGACCCAACAUCGUUGUUGAGCAACGUGGACUCGCCACCGUCAUCAUCCACGACUUGUCUCGCGAGCGAUGAACAGCAGGAACCAUUCCAGAGCUUUAAUCCGCCGUAUUACGCGGUUGGACAUCUCGUUUCCUCGCAGCAACAAUCGACGACGAUCAAUCUCGAUGGUGAACUCGUUGGCGCGAUGGACAAUUUCGGCAAUCAAGUGAUUCUGCCGCGGAACGAGGGCCUGCUGCUCGGGAAUAACCGACGGGUCACCAGAUCGAAGAUUGCUGAGACCGGGAAAAAUGACAAAUCUUAUGAUUGCGCGAGACCAGUGGAUGAUAGCCUCACGUUGGCUUAUCAAUGCCGCUGGAUCGACUGCGGCUGUGCAUUUACGGAGCAAGAGGGCCUGGUGCGACAUAUCGAGAGGCGGCACGUGGAAUCGUCCUCGACGAAUGCGCACGGCCACGGCAGACGGAUCCAACGGGAUCGGGACAAAGAGCGAGAUGGCAAGGAGGCGGGAGAGAGUUUCCCUGGGACGGCCGCGACGACGACGACGACGACGAUGACGACGAGCCGCGAGGACGAGUUCGCUUGUCUAUGGCAAGGAUGUCCACGCGCUCGACCGUUCAACGCGAGAUACAAAUUGCUAAUUCAUAUGCGGGUACACACGCAAGAGAAGCCGAAUAAAUGUCCGUUUGCUGGCUGCAAGAAAGCCUUUAGUCGUUUGGAAAAUUUAAAGAUCCACCAGAGAUCGCAUACAGGCGAAAGGCCUUACGCGUGUCAACACAAUGGAUGCUCAAAGGCAUUUAGCAAUAGCAGUGAUCGGGCCAAGCAUCAGAGAACGCAUUAUGAUAGAAAACCAUACGCUUGCCAGAUAAGCGGCUGCGGUAAACGUUACACGGAUCCGUCGAGUCUUAGGAAGCAUCUGAAGAAUCACACAGAGAAUUCGAGUACAUUAUCCAAUCUGUUAUCAUCGAAUAAGAUACCAAUGAUUGACGUAACAGCCGGUGCGAUAGGCCACAAAUUAAAUUCGACAAUUUCUCACCGAAGAAAUCAAGACGCGUGCAUCCUCGACAUGGAAACGAAUCAUUCGUCAUACAAAUUAUCUAAAACUUACGUCAAAGAGGAGAAUACGUUGCCGGACAAUACAUGUCAGCUGAACAGAAUCUCCCUGAAUUUCGACGGCAAUCAUCGUCAUCUUCUAAUCAACGACAUUACUAAUGUACAGAACGAGAAUACAGGAUUCUGCGUGACUGCAGAGGAUGUGCCAGAUUUCCACGAGUUAGACGCUGACAUCGAGCGACAGUUUCACGAGCUGAGUGCUUUGAACGACGCUAUCUUCAUCGGAUGAGUCUUUUUCAGCAGAAGAAUCCCAUCUUCGACGAAGGUGAAACAGGACGCGAUGCGUCGGUGAAUGAACGGAAUAUAAUUUAAUAAGACAUGAUUGAACUCGCACCUCGAUUCGAUUAAUCCUUUGGAACUGACGGUAGGUUUAUUGGGCUCACUCAGAGUACGGUCAAAGUCUCACUAUAAAUACUUUUGAAGCAUUUGAUUGACCAAUCAAAAG